UCCUCCAGCCUUAACGCCGCCCGUCAGUUGGGAGCUAAACAGGGAGGGAUCACCGGGGAUCGGGCUCGUUGUGUUUUCGACGUAUUACCAGCUGAGUUUACAUCGUUUUUUCAAACGGGAAUAAAAAGCAAACAAAAACACGGGGGUGCUGGAUACCAGGAGGACGGCAUGGGAGAGCACACGGCGUUUCUGCUGUUACUGGUGGCGACCUUGACGCUUUCAUCCGAGGUUCCUGCUGAUGACUCUGUGGGUUUACUGACUGAGCCCCAGGUGGCCAUGUUUUGCGGGAAGCUCAACAUGCACAUCAACGUGCAGAGUGGCAAAUGGGAGUCGGACUCCUCUGGAACCAAGAGCUGCAUCGGCACCAAGGAGGGCAUCCUGCAGUACUGCCAAGAGGUCUACCCGGAGUUGCAAAUCACAAAUGUUGUGGAGGCCAAUCAGCCUGUCAGCAUCCAGAACUGGUGCAAGAAAGGCCGCAAGCUAUGCCACAGUCACACACACAUUGUCGUACCAUACCGCUGUCUGGUUGGAGAGUUUGUGAGUGAUGCCCUGCUCGUUCCUGACAAGUGUAAGUUCUUGCACCAGGAGCGUAUGGACCAGUGUGAGAGCCACCUGCACUGGCACACUGUUGCAAAAGAGUCCUGCGGAGACCGCUCCAUGAAUCUCCAUGACUACGGGAUGCUGUUGCCGUGUGGCAUCGAUCGCUUCCGGGGGGUGGAGUUCGUCUGCUGUCCCGCGGAGUCGGAGCGAGAGGUAGACAGCGUCGAGCUCGAAGGGGAGGAGUCAGACGUCUGGUGGGGCGGAGCCGAGACCGAAUACUCUGACAACAGCAUGACUCGCUCAGCAGACACUGAGCCCGCCACCGCUGAAGACGAUGAAGAUGAGGACGAAGAGGCAGAAGCUUUUGAAAGGGAUGAGAACGGAGAUGGUGAUGAAGAAGAGGAGGAGGAGGAGGAGGAAGACGAUGAUGACGAUGUGAUCGACGAGCGUGAUAGUGAUGAGCGCAGCGCUAACAUCGCCAUGACAACCACUACCACCACCACUACGGAGUCAGUUGAGGAAGUUGUAAGAGCCGUGUGUUGGGCUCGCGCUGUGUCAGGCCCGUGUCACGCCAUGCUGGAGCGUUGGUACUUCAUACCUCAGAAGGGCCGCUGUGCUCCCUUCUUGUUUGGGGGCUGUGGGGGAAACAGGAAUAACUUUGAGUCGGAGGAGUACUGCAUGGCCGUGUGCAGCAGCUCGUUGCCCACCAUGGCCCCCAGUCCCCCCAAUGCCGUGGAUCAGUACCUCGAAGCUCCUGGGGACGACAACGAACACCCUAACUUCCAAAAGGCCAAGGAAAGCCUGGAGGCCAAACACCGCGAAAUGAUGUCCGAGGUGAUGAGGGAGUGGGAAGAGGCUGAGAGGCAGGCCAAGAGCCUUUCUCGCGCUGACAAGAAAGCUGUGAUCCAGCAUUUCCAAGAAAAGGUGGAGGCUCUGGAGCGCGAGGCAGAAGGAGAGAGGCAGCAGCUGGUGGAGACCCACAUGGCGCGGGUCGAGGCUCUGCUCAACAGCCGCCGACGCCUGGCUCUGGAAAACUACCUUAGUGCCCUGCAGGCCAACCCUCCACAGGCUCGUCAGGUGUUGAUUCUGCUAAAGAAGUACGCCCGUGCAGAGCAGAAGGACAGGCAGCACACGCUGAAACACUACGAACACGUCCGCACCGUCGACCCAAAGAAAGCUGCGCAGAUCCGACCUCAGGUUUUGACCCACCUCCGUGUGAUCGAUGAGAGGAUGAAUCAGUCGCUCGGUCUGCUCUACAAAGUACCAAGUGUGUUCAAUGAGAUCCAAAACCAAGUCUCUGUCAUAGUGCAGAGAGUUCAGUCAGAGCUGUCUCAGCAAGUCUCCUCUUUGCAGAGCGAUGGCAGGGUGGACGGCAGGGUGAGUUAUGGUAACGACGCUCUGAUGCCAGAUCAGGCCUACAGCUCCGCUCCUAUGGACCCGGGUCUGGACGGACUGGGCUUCAUCCACCCUGAGAGCUUCAACCAGCCCAACACAGAGAACCACGUUGAGCCUGUAGAUGCUCGUCCAGUUCCAGAUAGAGGACUCCCCACACGACCUGUGUCUGCCCUGAAGCCGGAGGAGAUGCCUGAGGUGCGGAUGGAGACUGAAGAGAGGCAAAGCACUGGAUAUGAAGUCUACCAUCAGAAACUGGUGUUCUUCGCUGAGGAUGUGGGGUCCAAUAAAGGAGCCAUUAUUGGACUUAUGGUCGGAGGGGUUGUCAUAGCAACUGUCAUCGUCAUUACCUUGGUUAUGCUGAGGAAGAAACAGUAUACGUCUAUUCACCACGGGGUUAUUGAGGUGGAUGCAGCAGUGACACCAGAGGAGCGCCAUCUGGCCAAGAUGCAGCAGAACGGCUACGAGAACCCAACCUACAAAUUCUUUGAGCAGAUUCAGAACUAAGAAACUCCUUAUCAACAUUUUUUUUUCCAAUGUAUCCAAACCCCACUCACACUCGUAAGGUCUGUUACAUCCUGGUCCCUUAGUAAGCAAAAGAUUUGGGUCAUGGAGGUUUGGGACAAAGGAAAAUGAAAUGGAACACAACCUUCCCAAUCCCAGAUCCCUUGAAUUUACAAAGAAAUCCUGUUGGUCUUAAAUUUACCUGCAAUUGGUCUGACAAGGGUGCCCCGUAUCACCUGCACAAUCACCGCAAAACAUCAGCGUCUGAACACCCUGGCUGUUUUCUAAACCGCCUACUAUACUCGUAGUGUGUACGAUUUGGCCCAAAUGUUUUGACACAAUUCAAAGCGCUAGAUCAGAGAUCGAAAUGAUGGAUAGCAACAAUCGAAAGCAACAAUCGAAAUGGAAAAUAAUCAUUCCAAGACCGGAAACCAGCUCGGCUCGGCCUGACAUACUGCAAAAUAUCCACCGACUGGCAGUCAUAUACACACUGCUGUUU